CUCCUCCUUCUUCUUCUCCUACUCCAUCCUCCCUUUUCUCUCUUCCCUCCUCCUUCCUCUUUCCUCCUCCUCCUCUUCGAAAUUCUGGUCAGAGAGAGCUGCCGUGGCCUUCAUCACACAGACGUCUGUCAAGACGUGGGUGCCUGUAGCUCUCGACCCGUUCCUUGGGAUCGAUCGGCUUGUCGUCCCGGGUGUUUGACAACGGCCUUCAGAGGCCCGAGCUUGCGAAAGGCCAGCUGUUCCUUUUUUGUCCAAGCCUCUGGAUGACCUGGUGUCCAGGGUGCUCAGAUUCAGACCAGGGCGGCCUGCUCUUGGGGGCGGAUCUCGAGGCUGAUCGGGCCGUUGGGGCGAUUCGAACGCCCCAGGGGACGCCCAACGAGAGGCCCACAAGCCUUGUAGCGCUGGCGGUUCGCACAGCGCGGCCGGAUCCCACGCAGGAACGCCGCAAGGCGAAUGGCACACAAACGGGCGGGGGACAGAAUCAGGGGCAGCGUUAGAGGGGGAUAGGGGUGUGUGUGUGUGUGUGUGUGUGUGUGUGUGUGUGUGUGGACCCCCUAUUGCCCAUUGAUCGUCGAUGGGGGCCCGAUAGCCCGCCCCACCCAAGAGCGUGCGGAUCUGGUAUCGAGAGCCCAUUGCCGAUCUGUCGGCGAUGUAUCACCAAUUCCAUCCCUAUGUUUCUCCCCCCGUGGGCUGGCCCCACCCCAUCGUCGCCCCUCAGGAGAGGGUGGCAGACGCCCCCAGAAACGUGCAGACCCUGGCAUGUCGGUGUGUCGUCCAGCUGUCCCCGCAAGGCUGGGCGCCGCUGGCCCCAGGCGCCCGCGCCGGGGGUGGGCGGCCGCGCGCCGCCGUGGGGCCAGCGCGGUCGCCGUGGGCGAGCGGGGGCGGCCCCGGGCCCGAGUGCCCCCAGGCCACCGGCGCUGGACUGCCCGAGGACGCCGUGCUGCCGCGGCCGCGGUGGCUGCUGAACGAGGACAUCGAGGAGAACGGUUCGAGGUUCGAGGGUCCCCCAGAUCUGGGCGUCGCCGCCAAACCCGCGACGUCUUUUUCGUGAGCGUUUUCGGGCUCUGGAGGCCGUUUCCCGGCUCCAGGGCCGUUGAAAAAAGCAAAUCAGGGCGAACCGCCGUCCCUGGGGAGGGUCGAGAUCCUGGGGGGCCACGUCACGAAGGAACUGCGCCGUCGGAGGAGAAAAUGAGAUCUUUUUGGGUGCUUUCCGUCGUCUGUUAGCCUCCAGGGAGCUUCCGGUAGCCACGGCUGGAACCGCAUCGAAAUCCUGGCCAGAACGGGCUGCUGAACGGGUCAGGAGGUUGUCGUUGAACCGCGAACCCAGCCUUCCACCGGCUCGCAAAGAUCGGAACGGCCAUCCGUGUGCAGUUUUAGUCUUCUGGAGGCCAGUUUCGGAUUUCCGCCACCCCACCGGCCAUGGUAAGGUCUAGUGGUCUGGUGGUCCAGGAGCCUUUCCCUGUCAGAAGUUGAGCCGGCGGAUGUCUUUGGCUGGGAGCGAGGACAGGCUGGCGGCGGCAGGCGCUGCAGGACCGCCCGGGGCCGGCGGCGCCGACAGGAUUCUGUUGGCGCAGCCCGUCCUCCUGGACCGGGGCCUCCACGACUGGGGGCAGCAGGAGCCAGGCGGGCCGGUCGAGCGGCCGGGGUGGCUCCGCGCUGUGCUGUCGAGCAACCGCGCGCAGGCGCAGAGGCACGGCCACACGAUGGUCCUUCGCUGGAGGCCCGUCUUGAUGACGCCCCACCGUCUGGCGGGCCACUGCAACGGGACGGAGGCAGGGAGGAUGCGAGACCAGUGCCAGGGCAGGCUUGAGCGCGAGAAUUUCAAUUGGGAGAAAGAGCGGAUGAUGCUCGACUACCUCAGGAGCCCGCAGAACUUCUCGCACGUCCUGGUGCUCGACGCCGACGCGGCCCUGGUGCAUCCGGAGAGGGACACGCUCUCGGCGAUGUCGGCCGAGCUGAGGGCGGCGGGGAAGCCGCUGCUCUUGACUGACGAAGACUGGUCUGGGAAGGGCCGCGGGCGCAUCAACGGUGGCCUGCUCUUCGCGGAGAACUCCCACUUUACGCGGGAGCUGUUCGAGGACAUCCUGGACGCCCACUGGCACGGCUACCUCCCAGAGGCGCGGAGCCUUGGCCACUCGCUGAACUGCGAGUUCAACGAGCAGCUGUGCCUGAACGGCCUGUGGAGAUACAGCGCGGCCUUCCGCAACCGCACGCGGGUCGCCAGCGGCCGCCGCUACAACCGCGGCGGCUGCGUCCUGCAGCAGUGCGGCAGGGAGGGCGCGAGCGAUGCCCGCGAUGCGGGGCCUGGGACUCCGCGACCCCGAGCUGGAGGUCAUCCACUUCAUGGGCUCCUCGAAACGGCUGGCGCAGGGGGCCCUCUGCCGCGACUGGGGCAGGGACGCCACCGGCGACGGACCUGACGGGUACGGGUGCAGCAAGUCCGCUCCGCAAAACGUGCGGGGAGAAGGUCCUCCGUCGCCGUCGCGGCCGCUGUCGAAGAGGUGUUCGCCAUUUUCAGUCCCUGGGGGCCCGCUUAGGGACCACCAGGACCGUCG